AGCCGAAGUAACCCGACGAACCGUUCGUGCUUGUCUUUUCUUGCCCUUUCCGACUAGAGUCUGCUGCUGGUUUGUUCGGAGGGUGCUGCUGUGACCCAAUUUUCGCCUCCUUCACUUCGCACAGGACAAAGCUCGAGCCUAAAAACGAGAAUGUUCACCUGUUCCAGAGUGAUCACCUCCCUGUCCAGGAGUUUCAGCACCUCCUCCGCGAAAAAUGCCAAAGUGGCUGUGUGUGGCGCCAGCGGUGGUAUUGGACAGCCCCUGUCCUUGCUGCUGAAACAGUCACCUCUGGUCACCCAGCUGUCCCUGUACGAUAUUGUCAACACUCCAGGAGUUGCUGCUGACCUGAGCCACAUUGACUCGAGGUCGUCUGUUAAGGGACACAAUGGACCUAAUGAGCUCAGGAAUGCCCUCAAAGGCAUGGACAUAGUCAUCAUCCCCGCUGGUGUGCCCAGGAAGCCUGGCAUGACCCGUGAUGACCUGUUCAACACCAACGCCUCCAUUGUCCGCGACCUUGCUCAGGCUAUUGCCGAAGUUUGCCCCAAAGCUCUGGUGGGAAUCAUCUCCAACCCAGUCAACAGCACCGUGCCCAUUGCCUCCGAGGUUUUGAUCAAGGCUGGCGUGUACGAUCCCAACAGGAUCUUCGGCAUCUCCACCCUGGAUGUUGUCCGCGCCAACGCCUUCAUCGCUGAAGCCAAGAACUUGGACCCCUCUCAAGUCAACAUUCCCGUCAUUGGUGGCCACUCGGGAGUGACCAUCAUUCCCCUGAUUUCUCAGGCCAAGCCCAGCGUCGAGUUCCCAGAGGACAAGCUCAAGGCGCUCACUGAGAGAAUCCAGGAGGCGGGUACUGAGGUGGUCAAGGCCAAGGCCGGAACUGGCUCUGCCACCCUCUCCAUGGCUUAUGCUGGAGCCCGCUUCACUUUCUCCUUGAUCAAGGCCCUCAAGGGCGAGCCCAAUGUUGUUGAGUGCACAUACGUCAGGUCGAAUGUCACCGAAUCCAAAUACUUUGCCACCCCCGUCUUGCUUGGACCUAAUGGAAUCCAGAAGAACCUUGGAUUCGGCAAGCUGUCCUCUUUUGAAGCUGGUCUUCUGGAAAAAGCCAUCCCUGAGUUGAAGAAGAACAUUCAGAAGGGAGAGGACUUCGUCAACAAGAAGUAAACUUGCCCUGCACACUCUGGUCGAUCUUCAAAUGAAGAGUCAUCCUGUCUAUUUAUUUGGACAUUCAUAUAAUGUGACAGAUUCACGUGUUGUACAUGUGUGUGCAGAACGCAAUUGAAAAAUUGUAAUCCUAGAUGACGAAGCAGGGAAAUCUUAAAAAAAUAAAAUGUUACAAAACGUCUUAUUUAGACUUA